CUUCUUCAUCAAAAGAUCAAAGUUGUUAUAAUUUAGCAUCUACAAAUUUAAUAGAGGCUAAAAUGUUUGGAGUUGAAAAAUGUUCUACACUAAGUAUACAGAAUGCGAUACAAUGUCUAGGUGACAUAGAGAUUUUAUUUCCUAUUAUCAUGCAGUUUGACAGUCUAAAUUCCAUUGCUUUUCAAGCAAUAGACGAAUUACAAGAUGAUUUUUUCUCCUUUGAAGGCCCAUGUAGAUAUGCUUACACUGACAAGCACACUAGAGUCAUCCAAUGA